UGGUCCCGGACCCGAGGUUCCCAAUGUUCAUGUGGUAGUGGGAAAUCAGGACACUGUCACGAGGUUGGCAUCCGAUACGUCCAAUAGCGUGUACUCUUUUCUGACUUAUGUAAGGAUACCUCAUGAGUAUGGCCACACAUUCGCUUUCGUACUUUGUGAAGCCACCCAGUGGUAACGUCCCCACCCGAACGGCCCUCAUCUUCCUCAUACCCGGUAACCCAGGCCUCAUCGAUUACUAUGAGCCUUUCCUGUCCAGUCUCGCACUGCUUCUCGAGUCGUCUGAUGCGUCAAAGUCGACCCAAUUCCAGGUCUAUGGCCAGGACCUGGCGGGAUUCAACGAUCUUGACCAUAAGCCUUUCAGUUCCAGCCGGCCACCUCGUGAUGUCGAGUAUCAGAUCAAGCACCUGCUCGGAGUCCUGUCCAGCGUUCGAGUCCAAGAGGGCAUUAACAAGGGAGAACCCUACGACGAUGUUAUACUCAUGGGACACUCGGUAGGCUCGUACAUGGCCGUGGAGCUGUUUCACAGACUGCUCAGAGCCCCUGAGUCUGCACCGCAUCUACACCUCAAGACCGGAUUCAUGCUGUUUCCCACCAUAGAGCACAUAGCUCACUCGCCGAGCGGCACCAGACUGAACUUACUUAAGCGCACGCCUAUCGUUGGCCGCAAUGCCCAUCUCAUCGCCAAGGGCUUCCUCUUCUUGUGGCCUUACGUGGCUCUUCAUUGGUUUGUCAGCACGAUACUGGGCUUUCCUCAGCAUGCUGCAACGGUGACCACCAACUUCCUGAAGAGUAGAGACGGUGUGUGGCAAGCACUGUACAUGGGGAUGGACGAGAUGGAAGUCAUUGGCGAGGAUACGUGGGAUGAGGAGCUCUGGGAAAUUGCUGAUGAGGCUCACGCUCAUCACAAGUCGCCGCCCAAGUUUUAUUUCUUCUUUGGAAACAACGAUCAUUGGGUUGCGAGCCAUCUUCGGGAUGCGUUCAUUGUGAAGAGGGAUAAGCAGGUGGAUCGCACCAAGGUGAUGGUUGAUGAGGGUGAUCUCCCUCAUGCUUUCUGCAUCAAACACAGCAAAAUUGUUGCUGAGAAGGUGAGAGGCUGGAUCAACGAAACAUAUGCAUAGCAUGCUGUGCAUGGUGGGCUUGGUAUCGCAUAAUUAGGGGUAUUGCCAUAUAUCACACCAGCAGCAUGGCAGAAUGAUGAAGGCACCGCAUGCCACCAUUCGAACCAAGCUCCUUAGUGUUCAGUGUGGCUCUCAGACUUG